AUGGCGGAGGCGGCAGCGGAGCGGGACUCUCGGGAGAAGCUGGCUCUCUGGGAUCGGAGACCGGACACUACAGCACCGCUGACCGACAGGCAGAAGGACUCGGUGCUAGAGCUAAAGGCGGCGGCGGAGAACCUGCCUAUGCCGAUCGAGCUACCAAUUGAAGACCUGAGCAGUUUAAUAUCCCAGUCAGUGCCCAUCUCCCUGACUUCCUUAGUGCCUGAGUCUACAGAAGACAUUCUCAUGAAGGGCUUCACCUCACUAGAGAUGGAAGAAGAAAGAAUCGAAACUGCCCAGCAGUUUUUCUCAUGGUUUGCGAAGCUCCAAACACAGAUGGACCAAGAUGAAGGUACUAAAUAUAGACAGAUGAGGGAUUACUUGUCUGGGUUUCAGGAGCAGUGUGAUGCUAUAUUGAAUGAUGUGAACAGUGCCCUUCAGCAUCUGGAAUCAUUGCAGAAACAAUAUCAUUUUGUGUCCAAUAAGACAGGAACCCUACAUGAAGCCUGUGAACAGCUCCUCAAAGAACAGUCGGAACUUGUUGAUCUGGCUGAAAAUAUUCAACAAAAGCUUUCCUAUUUUAAUGAAUUGGAAACUAUUAACACAAAAUUGAAUUCCCCUACAUUGUCUGUGACUAGUGAAGGAUUUAUACCUAUGCUGGCCAAGUUAGAUGAUUGUAUAACAUACAUCUCAUCUCAUCCUAGUUUUAAAGAUUAUCCUGUAUAUAUGCUGAAGUUUAAGCAGUGUCUCUCUAAAGCUCUGCACCUCAUGAAGUCAUACACUGUGAACACACUACAGAACCUCACGAAUCAGUUAUUAAAAAGGGAUCCUUCAUCAGUACCUAAUGCAGAUAAUGCUUUCACACUGUUCUAUGUGAAAUUUAGAGCUGCUGCCCCCAAAGUCCGGACAGUGAUAGACAUGAAGAAGCAGCGGCAGAGAAAUGCUCCAGAAUACCAACUACUCCUAAAUGAUAUCCACCAGUGUUACCUUGAUCAGCGGGAGCUCCUUUUGGGCCCUAGUAUUACUUGUACUGUCACAGAAUUGACCAGCCAGAAUAACAGAGAUCAUUGUGCCUUGGUCCGCAGUGGCUGUGCCUUUAUGGUCCAUGUAUGCCAGGAUGAGCACCAGCUUUACAAUGAAUUUUUCACAAAACCAACAUCAAAACUAGAUGAACUUUUGGAGAAGCUGUGUGUAUCAUUGUAUGAUGUCUUCAGGCCACUUAUCAUUCAUGUUAUUCACUUAGAGACUCUAUCAGAACUUUGUGGGAUUCUUAAAAAUGAGGUGCUUGAAGAUCAUGUACAGAACAAUGCUGAACAACUGGGGGCAUUUGCAGCUGGCGUGAAACAGAUGUUGGAAGAUGUGCAAGAGCGACUCGUCUACCGAACUCACAUCUACAUUCAGACCGACAUCAUGGGCUACAGACCGGCGCCCGGAGACUUGGCGUACCCGGACAAGUUAGUCAUGAUGGAGGAAAUUGCACAGAGUUUGAAAGACGAACAGAAGAAGGUGCCUUCAGAAGCUUCGUUUUCAGAUGUUCAGUUAGAAGAAACAGAGCCCAACAGUCUAACAAAAUCUGGUUCCACAGAAUCCCUUAAUCCUAGACCACAGACCACAAUUUCUCCGGCAGAUCUUCAUGGAAUGUGGUAUCCUACAGUUCGAAGAACCCUCGUAUGCCUCUCCAAAUUGUACAGAUGCAUAGAUAGGGCAGUGUUCCAAGGAUUAUCACAGGAAGCAUUGUCUGCCUGCAUUCAGUCCUUGCUGGGAGCAUCAGAGUCUAUCAGCAAAAACAAGGCUCAGAUUGAUGGACAACUUUUCUUAAUUAAGCACCUUUUGAUUCUUCGUGAACAAAUAGCUCCAUUUCACACUGAAUUCACCAUUAAGGAAAUUUCCCUGGACCUCAAGAAAACUAGAGAUGCAGCAUUUAAAAUCCUGAACCCUAUGACUGUCCCAAGAUUUUUUAGACUGAAUAGCAACAAUGCCUUGAUAGAGUUCUUGUUGGAGGGCACUCCUGAGAUCAGAGAGUAUUAUCUCGACUCUAAGAAAGACGUAGACCGCCAUCUGAAGUCAGCCUGUGAGCAGUUUAUUCAGCAGCAGAGUCAGCUCUUUGUGGAGCAGCUGGAGGAGUUCCUGACCAAGGUAUCAGCAUUAAAAACAAUGGCCAGCCAGGGAGGUCCCAAGUAUACGCUCUCCCAGCAGCCUUGGGCACAAGCAGCAAAGGUCAGUGACCUUGUGGCAGGUGCCUAUAAGACAAUAAAAGAAAAGAUGCCUUUGACAUUGAGAAGUAUGUCAUUGUACCUCUCCAAUAAAGAUACUGAAUUCAUCUUGUUUAAGCCAGUUAGGAAUAAUAUUCAGCAAGCCUUCCAGAAGAUCCAUGCUUUAUUAAAGGAAGAAUUUAGCCCUGAAGAGAACCAGAUUAUAGCUUGUCCUUCCAUGGAACAGGUGAAUCUACUGCUGUCAGGUUCUAAAUAA